AUGCCCACAGCUGCGUCCAACUCCCCUAGUCUCGAGAGCGAUCCGUCGCAGGAGAUUUCGCUCCGUAUCGCGGUGAUCGGCGCAGGCCUGGUCGGCGCAUUCACUACGGCCGCGCUCUCGAGGCUGCCAGGCGUGAAGGUGGUCUCCUUUGAAAAAGCGUCAAAGCCCCACGCAGCCGGUGCUUGGAUUAGUCUGUCGGUGACUGGCCUCAAGGUAUUGACGAAGCUGAUCCCUGCAUCCGAAGUCAGCACCAUCGCGUACCGGCCCCCAGACCGAGGCGUCUACGUGACGAGGCACUGGAAGACGGGCGAGGCCAUCAUCAGGCGGUACUCCUCGGAGGACCUGAAGGAUGAGCACAUCCAAGCCAGGACGCAUCGGGAGCCUCUUCUCAAGUUGAUCCUGAAGCAUGUCCCCGAUGGCAUCAUCCACUACGGCCGCAAGGUGACUGGUGUGCAUGUCGAGUCAGCCAGGGCCGCCCUUACAUUUGAGGAGGACCAGGCAACACGUGAACGAAGCCAGCCCUCGGAGACUUUCGACCUUGUGGUGGCCGCGGAUGGAAUUUACUCGGGGAUACGAAGACAAUUCUUCCCGGACCACCAAGUCGGGUACAAAGGUGCAGUGGCAUAUCGCGCCAUCUUCCCCACAUCAAGGCUUGCCGCGAUCAGGACCCGCCUGCACGACGACUCAUCGCUGUGGACCAAUAACAGGGGCCAGAUGGUGUUCCUCUCCGAGUUGGGAUUGGGCAUGUAUGGUGUGGUUAUCAUCCAGGCUGAGGAAUCGAAGCGCGCGGCUGGCUUGAUGUGGGAACGCUCCAUCGGGAGGGAGGGCUUGGACGAGCUUCGGCAGGGCUACGCGGCAUGGGACCCUAUCGUCGUCGAGGUUCUGGCCGUGCUCGAGGACAUCCAGGCAUACCCGCUCGACUCGGGCCCCUGGCUGGAACAUCUCAGCAGGGAGGGCUGUGUGGCCUUCGCAGGGGACGCAGCGCAUCCGACCGCCGGCGCGUACGGCGCAGGCGCAGCAAUGGGCUUUGGCGACGGCUGGGCCCUCGCACGCGCGCUCGAGGCGUCCCGGCUAGCCCCCCGGGGCUCAUACCAGUACAAUGUCCACAAGGCUCUCAACCUCUACGAGAAGAUCCGGCGGCCGUUCCUCGCCCGUGUCGAGCAACAGAUGGGGCUGGACGCCAGGAACGCCCGGUACGUGGGCGAGGCCGACGGGGAGGAAUGGGCCCGCAGGUACCUGGAAAGAAAUCUGCUCAACCUGUGGUUAAGCGAACACGACGUCGAGCUGGAGGCGCAAAAAGUUAUCAUGGAGCUAGCAUUCGAGCCCAACGGGCACCAGUAG